CCUUUUAGGUCAAAAGGGGAAAACAUCGUGGUCUCUCUUCGUCGAUGUCUCCGAAGUGCUUUUGCUUCUACAAAUUGAAUCCUCCUUUGGAGAGAGAGAAGAGAAGAUGCAAUCGUCUCAAAGUUAAAAGAAGAAGAUGAGUUCUGAUUUGUAUGCGUCCGGUGUGUUUGAGGUCAAUUCAAUCAUGUCAAAUCGGUGUCGGACGACGUUGUGUCUGAGGUCAAGUCAAUCAGUGUCGAAUCUCUGUUUUUCGCCACCACCGGCGAUGGACUAGGUCUCUACAUAGUCAUCAUCAUCACCCCCUUCCUAGUGUUUGUAUCCGCUGUACUAUUACCACCAGAAACAUCCGGUGAACUACUUACUCUUGGGGCUGUUCACUUUGGCUCUGGCAUUUGUCGUUGGAUUGACAUGUGCCUUCACCAAUGGGAAAGUGAUUCUACAGUCAGCGAUCUUGGAUAAGUAUCUAUACAAUAAUCCGGAGACGACGUUGGAUUGGAAGCAGAUGUCUAAGAUCGUCAAAGGAGUUGUGGGGGUACUUUUCUGUCAAGUCUGGUGGAGGCAUCCACGAGUUCUCAGAUUCUCAGUUUGGACAUGUUUUUUUGCAUUUGGGGAAACCAGAGCCAUGGCAAUAGCAAAUCUUGGGUGUGAUGGGUACGAUCUUGAAGAGGUUGAAAUGGUUUUUAAGCUUGGUUUGUUGUGUUCGCACUCGGAUCCUAGGGCCAGACCGAGUAUGAGGCUGGUGUUACAGUAUCUGAGAGGAGACAUGUCAUUGCCAGAACUAACUCCGUUGGAUUUGUCGGCGGGGAAUGGGAUGAACUUGGGAGGGAGAGAGGAGUUUAGCGGUAUAGCCAUGUCGUAUUCUUCCUCAGUGUUUAAUGGGUUUACCGGUGUGUCUUCCAUCACUGAUUCUCUACUUCUGGUGGGAGGUGAUUGACGAUGGUACAACAUUAGCAGCGUAUGAUGAUGCUCUUUGCUUUAUUUAUUUAUAUGCUUAUGAAUAGGGAUCAUGUAUAUACAGUUUUGCCUUGU